UUUAACAGAUAAAAAGAGGAACGUUAUAUUAAGAACCAACCAUUGUUAUGAGAACACGUGAACAUGAGGCAAAUUCAUUUGAUGUGUUUGUUUGGAUCAGUUCUGCAGACAGUGAAUACACGAAUUCACAAAACAGAAAACUUUUGUUUCAAACCGCACUGUACGUGUAACAAGAAACAGCAAAGUGCGAUUUGUACAGGACUCGAUUAUGUUCCACACGUCCCAAAAUUUGUUAAAAAAUUAGAAUUAAGCCAUAACAAUUUCAGUGAUGUCAAUAUUUCUAGAUGGUUUUUAUCAAAUAUUACUAAAAAUGAUAUCCAAGAAUUCCAAUUGAUCGGAAAUUCUAUAAAAGAUGUUGAAAAUGACGUCUUUGUGGAUUUUGUUUCUUUAAAAUCACUGACAAUUUCAGAUGAAAAACAGUUGAAUGUUACUAGUUUGUGUAGUGCAUUGGUCUUCGUAAAUACAACACAUCUCAAGCGAAUUCAUUUGUUUAGCAACUAUUGGAAAGAUAUUCCCUUUAAUAUUUUUAAGGCAAACAGCCUACGACAAUUGACUUCCAUAUCGCUUGAAGAAAAUCAGCUGGCUACAUUCGUGUUUUCUAAUUGGUAUACUGAAUUAAAAAACCUAAAAACGAUCAACCUAUCAGAAAAUAAUAUCAUAUAUUUAAUUCUUGAGGAUAAUGUGAAAUUAUUGGUUGAAAAACUUGAUCUCUCAAGGAAUGAUUUCGUUCGCAUUCCAACUUUUUGUGAUCCAAUGAACAAAAGCAAAGUUCCGAAGCUUCGAAAUCUGAUUUUGAACGGCAAUGCUAUACGUUAUUUAUAUCCAAAAUGUUUCAGCUGUAUGCCAUCAUUGCAGAACAUAAGUCUACAUGCCAAUAGGUUAAUGGUUUUAAGGAAUAAUACCUUUUCAGAACUACCUCAAUUAAAACAUGUUUUCUUUCAACUUAAUUAUCAGCUGAAAUCAAUAGAGCCUACAGCUUUCAACAGCACGUCGUUGAUCAGUAUACAUUUUGGAUACAACAAUUUCCGAUUCGACAAGACUAAUAACAAUAAUUCUAGGUUUAAUGCAGAACAAAUAUUUAAACACUCGCCGUCAUUACAAUUUUUAGAUUUAACGAAUAACUAUCUUCCGUCUGACAAGAAUACACUGGGUCUGAUGUUUGGUCAUUUGGAUGAGUUGAAAUAUUUGAUUCUACAAUCGGUCGGUUUAAAAGAACUUCAUCCUACCUUUUUUAGAAAUUUGACAUCCUUAGAGAAAAUAAUUCUUCAAGGAAAUUAUAUAAAUUCUUGGCCGACAGAAACUUUUGAUAAUAUGCGCAGCAUAAAGUAUAUAAACUUCAGAAGUAAUUUGAUACAUGCACUGAACAAAUCAUCUUUAUCUAAAAACAUUUUGCACCAACUAGAAAAAUUGGACCUUGCAAAGAAUCCAUUUACUUGUACAUGUGACCUCAUGUGGUUUCGAAACUGGGUUCGAACAACAAAAGUAAACUUGUCUUUAGAUUUUCCACGAGGGUACAUAUGUAAUUUUCCUGCUGAAAUGCGAGGUCGUUUAGUUAUUAAAUACAACCCAACGCCAGAGAGUUGCGAACCAACUAAUCCGAUUAUAGUAAUCGCAAUAAUUUUGUCUUCAUUUGCAAUGACGGUAAUAAUUGUAAUAUUAGUAGCUUACAAAUGUCACACCUAUAUAAAGAACUAUUGCUAUAUUAUGAGACUGCAUCGACUUCGUAAACAGGGAUAUUUACGUCUAAACAAUAGUGAUGAUUUUGAAUUCCAUGCAUUUGUAGUGUACUGCGAUGCUGAUAGGGAAUGGGUUCAUAAUGAGUUCAUCAAACGACUGGAAAAUGAACAAAUUAAGUUAUGUGUUCAUCAUCGUGAAUUUGAUCUAGGUGUCCCAAUUACAGAAAAUAUAGACAAGUAUAUGAACAAAUCGUGGAAAGUUGUGAUCAUAAUGAGUAAUGAUUUUGCUAGAAGCGAUUGGUGCCAAUGGGAAUGUGAUUAUGUUCAAGAAAGAAGACGUCGGCAAGGAAAAGAUGCAUGUGUUCUAAUCAUGCUGAAGGCGAUUGAUGCAUAUCAUAUGACCAGUGGUAUAAGGUCCUUGUUACAUACAACACCGUACCUACGCUAUAAGAAAGGCAUAGGGGAAGCCUUGUUUUGGCAGGCAGUGUUAAAUACUCUUAGAAGACCACUAAGUGUUCCACCCAUGGCCAUCUAAAAUGUAUAUGGAAAAUGUGAGGACUCAAUUUUCCUAUUAUGUUGGUGAUUGCCAUUUCCUUGAAUGUGAUGUUCCGUUGACUCCUUAAAGCAGUGUACAUUUUCUAAAUUAUUCAAUAUUCGGAUGUUUGCAGUGACUUGUCAGAUUUCAAUGAACGUAAUAUUGUUUUUUGUAAAACAGUUUAUCCAGGGAAAAUUGUAUCAUAAAUUGCUCAAAACGUUUACUAGAUUUUUAAACAAAUGUAGGGUUUUAUGGUUAAAGUAUGAUUUCACAAUGUUCAGGAUGUUAAUAGAAUUUGAUAGAAGUAUUAAAAAGUAGAAUUCCACAAAUAGUAAAAUACGGUUGACAGCAAGCUUUGCAACUAAUUUUUAAGUUCGUGUUUUUCACAUAAUUAUUUAAUUGAUACAGUUUAUAAUUAUACUGUUGUCAUUCAGUAUUGAGUCUGGUAUUUUGUAGGCUAAAUACCAACUCAUUGAUUUUUUUUACAGUUUAAAAUAAAACUACAAUGUUUCAUUUAAAUUUAACAUUUGAAUUCGGGAAAAAAUAAUUGUUGGCAUUGAAUAAGAUUCUGUCAACCAUCACGAGUACUGUUUACGAAAUUUCGGUAUGAAAUAAACCCCGAGGCGCAGCUUAACGGAUAUUACGGUGUAGGUGUCAGACCACCAAUUCACUCACUGCGAUUAAGAACAUAGAACUAGCAAUACUCUGACAAAAAAUAGUGCUUUUGGUGUCAUUGUUUGUGUGAACUAACUAACAAAUUUGCAAAAUGAAAAUUUUGGUGAAAAGAAUAUAUUUAGACAAUUUUAAACCAAAAUUUACUCGGCUAUGAUUUUGCACUAAAAAUUGAGAACUAAUGCAAUUCAUAGUGUACUUAUUAAACAUGUUAAAGAUUUCCAUGAAACCAGGGAUUAUUUUAGUAGUAGUUGUACUCAUAACGGUUGUUUUUUACUACAAGACUUUAAACAUUAGUUGCUAUAGUAAGGCAAUACAUGUACAAUUUAGAAUAUACCUGAUUUCUAUGAGGUUAAACUUACUAUAAAGGUAAAAUAUUAGAAAGCUUUGAAAAUUGAAGAAACAAUAAGCAUGUUUCCGAAACUAUGAGCAUUCUUUGAUAUAUAUGCUAUUAUUUAUUGAUUUUGUGUUUAUACUUUGUGUUUUAUUGUCUGUUAUACCGGUAUCGUAUAGAUAAAGAGCAAAGUUUGUUUCCUGUAUUGAUUUUCAUUAUAAUUGUAUAACAUUUA